UCCUAAUUUGGAGGCAAGACAUACGGUGCUCAUAGUUGUGUGAAACAGCAGUAGAACUGAGAAGACUUUGUACCGAUACUAAAGGUACAUUCGAGGAAGUCCUAAUGCUGAAAGGAAACUUAUCACCAUACUUAGACCCUCACAAUGAAGAAGAGUCAUCUUAUGUAACCCUUAGCAAUGGGCCAUACGUGUAUGUAGGUGAUUCAACCAACACAGAACCGAAGAAUGACCAUGUCUUUAUAGAUGUAUAUUUUUUAACCCCUAUUCUUUGUAAACACUGUGAAGAUUAUGUUUGGGGCACUGGGAAAGUGGGGGUCAAAUGCAAAGGUAAGUUUCUUUUGAAUGACUAUUAAGAAUUAAGAAUUUUAAGUAGACUUACGUGAU